GGGUUGCAGCUGGACGUUCUGGGCAGAGGAAAUUCCCGAAGGGCUUCUCAGAUAUUGACAGUUCUGCGAUUUAAACCCCGCUAUAGUUUUCACCCUACAUAUGCCUUGUUUCCUGGGUCCACGGAAAGCAUGAGUCUGUUGGGACUUGGGACAAGAAGAAAGCAAGACAUCUUUACAAAGAAAACCAGUUACUAAAAAAAGUAUCCCAAACUGUGAAGAGAUAGAACACAAACAUGACUGACAGUGGACUUAGGGAUCCUCAAGAGGACUGUCAAAAGGAUUUGGAAAAUGAUCCAUCAAUACAUUCUCAGGCCCAGGAGACCACAGUCACAGCAAGUACCACUGAAGAAGCUCAAACCCCACACCCUGCCUCUGGUCUUAACAGAGACCACCAAGACAUACAAGUAAUAGGUCCAGAAAGUGCAGAUAUGGGUGAUGAAACAGAAAGUCCCGAUGAAACAGAAAGUCCCGAUGAAACAAAUUUGGGGAAAUAUCCAAAGGAUAAAACAGAACAUGAGAACAACCAAAGUUUUCAGGAUGGAGAACAAGGGCGUCAUCUUCCUUCAGAAAGUCUGGGUGAAGAACCCUUGGAUCCAGAUCCUAAUUGUUCUCCAAGUGACAAAGUAGGAAGAGCAGAUGCACACUCAGGGAGCAGCUCGGCAGCCCUCCCUGAGGAAGCGAGUGACAGUACCAGGGCUUCUCAGGAGCCACUUGCUGCAGACUUCUGGGAGGUUCUGAGUCCUGGUCAUUCCAGUGCAGGGCUAGAGAGCCAAGAUACCCUGAGGAGGCGACUGCUGACACCAGAGGCUGGAAGUCAACAAGAAACACAAAAAUUGGAAGAAAACAAAGAGAAUGCACUGGAGGACACAAAGACUAAUAAAAAGGGUUUUUGGAGCUAUGGCCGCAUCUUUCUUGGCUUCCUGGUUGUUGCCCUUGUGCUGGGUUCUGUUCAUAGCUACUAUUCCUCUCCAGCCCAGCAAGUACCCAAAAAUCCAGCCUUGGAAGCCUUCUUAGCUCAGUUCAGCCAAUUGAAGGAUAAAUUUCCAGGCCAGAGUUCCUUUGUGUGGCACAGAGGAUGUAAGUUUCUCCAGAAACACCUCAAUGCUUCAAACCCCACUGAGCCAGCCACCAUCAUAUUUACAGCAGCUCGAGAGGGAAGAGAGACCCUGAAGUGCCUGAGCCGCCAUGUUGCUGAUGCCUACACCUCUUUCCAGAAAGCCUCUGCCAUUGAGAUUGAUGGGGCUGGAAGAACCUCGCAGGACAGUGACACAGUCAAGCUGUUGGUUGACAUGGAGCUGAGCUAUGGAUUUGAGAAUGGCCAGAAGGCUGCCGUGGUGUACCACUUUGAAUCCCUUCCUGCGGGCUCCACCUUGAUCUUCUACAAGUAUUGUGAUCAUGAGAAUGCUGCCUUUAAAGAUGUGGCCCUGGUCCUGACUGUCCUACUGGAAGAGGAAACAUUAAAAGCAAGUGUAGGCCCAAGAGAAACUGAAGAAAAAGUGAGGGAUUUACUGUGGGCCAAGUUUACCAACUCUGACACUCCCAGCUCCUUCAACCACAUGGACUCAGACAAAUUGAGUGGGCUGUGGAGCCGUAUUUCACACCUGGUUCUGCCGGUCCAGCCAGUGAGGAACAUAGAAGAACAGGGAUGCCUUUUAUAAAGCUAAGCACAGAGUUGGUUAUGGAAAGCAUAGGUUUAUGAAAAGUCAGUUUAAAGGCCUUCCAUUUACAUGGAAGGUGGUUGAUAAAUAUGAGGAAAUAGCCUGAAAAGCACAAAUGAGCUUAUUUUAGAAAAAAAGUUUUCAUUUGUUACUUUUUCUAAAAUCUUUCUAAUCUAAGCUUUGACAGAGUUAAAAAUUGACCUUUUUUUGUUUGCCUUUUCAAGCAAAUCAGGUUUGAAAUAUAUCAUGUUAUGUAUGCUGAGUAAUAUAUAUCAUGUAAUUUUUUUUAAUCCCAAAAUAUAGCAGUAGAAUUAUUGCACAUGAAAAUAUCCUUCUCAGAGUAACUACAGAGUGAUUUUUGUUUUGUUAAGUGAGAUUCAGCCUUUGGAUAGUGUUUAUACUUGGACUAAAGCAAUUACAGUUAUGAAGCAAUGAUAAUUUUUAGAAAAAUUUUCUAUCACAUAUUAAAUAUUUUAAAAACUUGCUUUAAUAACCUAGUUCUGAGAUUGUAUCUUAUACUAGUUUCCACUUUUGGGUAGUAUGAAAAAAGGAAAUAUGAAUUAAUACCAUCAGAUCUUACCUAAAUACUAUAUGUUAGGCACUGUGCUUUUAUUCCGUUAAUGAGCUGAGGAGAAAACAGCUGUACUAAAAGCAUUCUUAAGAAAUGGAAUCAAUGGGGAAAUUGUUUAUAAUAAUUGGAAAUGAAGAAAUCCCAAUUGGCUAUAUCUUUACUUCAGCUUUCUUGAAUAAUUUAGAGCAGUGGUUUUCAAACUGUGUCUGCUGGCAGCCCUCCCCUUUGUAUCAAAGCAGUUCUGCUUUUGACUAUUUUAUAUAUUGGGGUUCUCCAUAAAAUUUCAUUGGAACAAAGAGUUUCACUGAUAAUGAAGUUUGAAAACCAUUGAUUAAGUGAAAAAACAUCUUAGAAGAUAGGAAAUGAGUAGAAAAAAAUGAAUGUAUUAAAACUUAAAAUAGGACAUAGAUGAAAUAUAGGUUUAUUGUAUAGAUACACUAUUUACAAAGGAUAAAGACCUGCAGAUGAACAGCAGAAUGUAUAAGCUAGCAUUUACUAGCAUGUUUCUGAUGCUUUUGUUCAUUUCUGUUAAUCAUCAUUUCUGUCUCCCCUGAAUGAAAUUUUAUAAUUGUCUAGCAUGAGAGUUUGAAUGCCCUUUCAGCAGAAUGUAUUUUAAUAACCAAUUUAAUAGUAGAUUUUAUAUGGACACAUUGGCAUAAAUUCGCCAUAGCUUAUUUGCUAUGCAGGGAUGGAACAUUAUAUAAUGCAGCUUAUUUCUUGACCAACCAAUUAGAAGUACUCUUAGGUUAAGAAUGUGAGAAAUGCAAGAGAUACUGUACUUAGUGAGGGGAAGCAGAAAUGGUAGAUAGAUUCACAGAGAUUUUAAUGGCCAGUGUUAAUUGUUGGAUCAUGUUCUGUGAUUGUAACAAAGAUUCAGAACAGUAUAUGUGAAGACAGUAGUUGCUGAUUAGUAUUUGAGCUCUGUAAGCAGAACUCUAGUAAAAUGAUCUAGACCUAACAAAGGGUCUGUUCCGUUAUAUGGACUAUCACCAUGAUCCUGGAAUGUUUCAACUAGGUUUUGGCCUUUUCUGCUUCUAUGAGAUCAUAUAUAAGAAGUCAUGUGAUUAAAAUAUGGAAGGAUUUUAGGAAACACUAAGAAGAUAUAGGGAUCUUUAUUGAUACCUGAAAAGAUCACAAAGAUAUGUGGAAGAAAGUCACAGGAAAAACACAUAAAUCUGUUCUCAAGUUGUGCUCAGUUGAGUGUAGAGGCGUAGCUGAAGGAACAAUUUGCAUAUGGGACUUUGAAGGAAUCUUCCAAUAGAUUUGAGAAAAGACCUGAAUGCAAAAUCAAAGAAUAGUGAAUCAAUGUAAAUCCAAUAUAAAAUCAGAGAAAAUUGAAAAAUCUAUAUGCCAUAUUUGAUUUUUUUUCUGUAUUUCUAGAUCUUAGAUGCUAGCAUUACAUCAAACAAAAUCAAUAGUGCCUUGUAGAACUGUUAUGCUGGCCUGCUGACUUAGAUCUAUAAAAGAAUAAGUAUGAAGUAUACACACCACCUAAUCAAUGUCUGCGACUCAGACCAUGGUUGAAACAAAGAUUCUUGUUUCUUCCUUCAACUGAGUGUCAUUUACUUUCAAUAUAAUUUAGAAAAAUAGAUUUAUUGAAGUCACAAUUUUUUUUUACUGUUGAGCCUUUGUUAAAAACACUUUUCCUUCCAUGUAUAAGUGCAGUUGACAGGCUUGUUAGUUUUCUGUCCGCUAUUUCAAAAAUCAUUUUAAAAGGAAGCAGUAUGUUAGUUCUGGGUCUUUUCAUGAAUAAAAUGAUUACUUUUAAAGUAUAUAACUUUAUAUUUUUUUAAAUAUACAAAUAUUA